ACGGGACGGCGGGAACCGAGACGCGUUUGAAUGCGUCAUGCGAAAAUAUUUUUGAUUUCGCGGCGACACUCAGAAAACUUUGUAAAUUACUUGAAUAAAAUUUUUUUGUUAGACCUAUUUUUUAAUAGAAAGAUAAAAAUGUUAAUUUAAAGUUAUACAAAGUUUUUAUACAAAGUUAUAAAUGAUCCUGACCAUCACAACUUAUUUAUUUUUAACUCUGUGUUUAUUAACAACUCCGUUUUGAAAUAUAAUUAUUUUUAUAACUCCUUUUAUGGUUCUUGAUUUUUCUAUAUAAUAAAAAGUAUUAGUAUUUUCAAAAUCAUAGCUAUACUAUACUAUUUGAUGUUCUUUAUUUUACGAAAGCAUGAAACAUAUGAAACGUAAUUUAUAUACUACUAAAUUUUUGGUAAUCUCGAAAUAGAAUUUCGAAAAAAAAAUUUUAAUUCAGAUUAUUUAGUGCGAUAUAAAUACCAGUGUCUCAAAUGCACUCUGGAAAAAAUCAUUCGCGACGUAUCAUAUAACCGAACUCAUCCAAACAUCCUGUCACCGCAUACUAAAUGUUUAUAAAUUAUGAAUGUCAACGCCACUUUCUCAGUUCAUUACUCGAGCUGGUUAAUCAUAGGUCAGAACACUUUGGUAUCUCAUCGAAGUAACAUCGUGCUCUAAAGAGUGUAUUCCAGAGUCAUUUUUAACUAAAAAUCUAUUAGAAAUCAAAAAAUUAUUGUUUUUUGAGUGUGUGCCUUCACAGUUUUUUAAUUUGUGAUACCAGCUUAUUGAUUGGUUUCUGAAUCCUAGAUAAAAGACUGUAAAAGUAAUAAUUUUAUGAAACACUUAUCAGAAGAAUUCAUACAAAAAUUAAAUAACAUUGAAAGCAAGGGUCCAACGCCAAAAUUGUGAAUACAAUAUUUCAAAUGUGUCACCAUAGCCUUACAGUUUAUAGAAGCAGAACGCUUAGGCGAUUGGAAUCUACAUUUACAAAGCAUUAAAGAUAUGUUACCAUUAUUUUACUCAAGUGGUCAUUUUGCUUAUGCAAAAAGUGCUCAAAUUUAUCUUCAAGAUAUGGCAAAUUUGGAUGUAAUAAUGGAUCCUUUAGAAUUUGAACGUUAUACGAAAGAUGGCUAUUUCACUAUACGUAGAUCAGAUAAAGCGUGGUCUGGUGUAUGGAGUGACAUGAUAAUUGAGCAGACAUUAAAUAGGUUUUUCGGUACAGAUUUAAAGCAUGGUCGAGGUGUCACUCCUAGCGUUGUUGCGCGUUAUUUAUUUGCCAUGCCGUCAGCGUUUAAUGUAAUGGAGUGUUUGGAAAAUUACUGUGCAAUGAAAUCGAAUAAUAGUGAACAGCAUGUUGAUCUUUCUAAGAGUCGAAUGAAGAGAGAUAACAAUGACAUAUACGAAUUUGUAACCUGGCUGCAAAAUCAUAAUCCUUUCAAUCAUCUACAUGUUUUGGUAUCGCUUUCUACAGGAAUAAUUGGUGGACCAAAUAUAGAUUGUCAUAAGGCUAUUGAAAAAGGACUGCAAGGAAUGGAAGAUAUGGUUGGGAAAAAUGCUGACAAUAUUUCAAUGUCAAAAAUAUAUAAAGUUAACAAUUUAGCAAGUGCCGCAACUGGAAUACAUCUGGAUUACAACCAUGAAGUAUCUACUAUUGAUAUUUACUUAUUAUUUCAAAGAAUUUGUGUCAUUUUCAAUGGAGACGCUGAAAAAACACGCGAAGCUUUUUAUUAUGAGCUUACGCCAUAUUCGCUAAGCUUAUUUAACGAAAAGGGACAAAUGAGAAAAACGCAGAAAUCAAAACUUUAUCCGUUAUUUAAAACUUCGAAUAGGUUGCUAGCGCUGCAAACAUCAGAUAUAUAUGUCAUAGACGGAGGCUGGUUAUUGCAUGCUGUAGUUUGGCCCCACAGCCAGAAAUUCAAAGAAGUUUUUAAAUUAUAUUUAUCAUAUAUCAUUAAACAUUUUGGUAGACGUGUUACUGUUGUUUUUGAUGGAUAUAACAACGAAUAUAUCGGAGUAAAAUCAUAUGAAAGAUAUUGUCGGAGAGAGAAAAACGUCGGAGCCGAUAUCGAUAUCUCUGAAGAUAAAAUGGUAACAAUGAAUCAGACAAAAUUUCUUUCAAACAUUAGUAAUAAACUAAAUUUUGUGGAUUUACUAUCAAAAUAUUUAGAGGAAAAUAACAUUCAUACAAAAAUUUCAGAAGAAGAUGCAGACACUGUAAUUAUUCGUACGGCCAUAGAAUUAAAAGAUAGUAAUGAAAGUUUCGUUUCAGUGGUCGGCAAUGAUAUAGAUUUGUUAAUUUUACUAAUUACACACUGCAUCGGUGGAAAUAAAAUAUAUUUUUAUAAAAUGUCACCGAACAAGAAAAAUGAAUUAUAUUCAAGCAGAGAUCAUAAACAUUUAGAAAAAUACAUUUUAUUUGCUCAUGCGUUUGCUGGAUGUGAUUCAACAAGUGCUAUAUAUAAUAAAGGUAAAAAAAGUAUUAUAACAUUAUUAGAAAAAAAUGAAGACUUGCAACAAUUAAUAUCCAUAUUUUAUAAGCCAUUCCAAAAUGUCGACGAUAUAUAUAGAGUUGCUGAAAAACUUAUGAUAAUAAUGUAUGGUGCAGAUGACCAAAAACUGACUCUACAUGAAUUAAGAUAUAAAAUAUUUUGCACAUCUACAGCAAUUGCAAAAAAAGAAUUAUCUUUAUCGUCUUUACCGCCUACCGAUUCGGUAUUAAGAGAGCAUGCUAAAAGAGUAUAUUACCAAAUGCAGAUUUGGCUUGGAUUCGAUUUAGAUCCAGUAUUAUGGGGAUGGAAGAGAACGAGUAAUAUGCUACUACCUAUUAUGAAUCCUAAACCAGUUGCACCAGUCGAAUUACUGGAGAUGAUAUUUUGUGGAUGUAAAACAAAUUGUAACACAUCCCGAUGUUCGUGCAAAAAGGCUGGCAUAAAAUGUAGUUACAGUUGUAAAAAUUGCAAUGGCCAAAGCUGUGAAAAUGCUUCAAAUUCGCAUAAGGUCAUACUUGAGAGUGAUACAGAAGAGCGACAAGAUGAUAUAGAUGAUAUAGAAGAUAAUGAAAAUAUGUGGAAUGAUGAAAUAAAUGAUUUACAAGAAGAAGAUGUUGAUGAAUCACAAACUGAAAAUUAAAAAAUUUUGCUGAAAAAUUCUGUCAAUUCUAUUUACUAGAAUAAUAUAACCAUUUUAUUAUAUAUUAAAUUUUUACAAUAAUCAUAUUUAUUUA